GUAUUUUCCCGUUCCCCACCUUCUGCUAUCAUGUAAAUUUUUAUGUCAUCAAGCGGCACAAAAUAGAGAAAACAGAAACUCCCCCUUCACAGUAAAAAUCGACCAUAACACGAUAUUAUUAAUUAAAGCGCGCAUAGAAUUACACGCAGCACGUGCCACUUGCCCAUUCGCUUUCCCCCUGCUUCACCUGCUCAGCAUACCAAGAUGUCAACACGUCGCCAGGCCAUCACGCUGUACCGGAAUUUAAUGCGGGAAUCUGAAAAGCUGCCUGCUUACAACUUUAGAAUGUACGCUGUUCGCAAGAUACGCGACACAUUCCGCGCCAACAAGGCCAUCCGAGACUUUGCUGAAAUCGAUCGAAAAAUGGAGGCCGGCAAACAGAAUCUGGAGCUGAUACGGCGGCAGGUCAUCAUCGGCCACCUCUACACGGCGGACAAGCUGGUGAUCGAGAACAAGAAAACACUAAGCCCCUUGGAUGACUGAGAGGAUGCCACCAAGGAGGGCUUGCCCCUGGUGUACAAAAGCCUGUUCUCAGAUUAAUAAUAUAUAUAUUUACAACUCGAAAGACUCGUUACUACACAAUUCUAACUGGAUAAAGCUUUUUGCUCAUUGUUGAUGAUUUUAUGGAAGCCAAGUUAUAUAUGUAGGCCUUAUUUUUGAACCACCAAUGAAGGAAUCGCUAUAGUUUGCUAGCAAAAAAACACCAA